ACUCAUGCAUAUCACGGACCUCUGCAUUUGAGUGUGUGAGAGAGAGAAAGAAUAAAAAAGGAGACAGCUGAGAAAUCUGUGAGAUUGCUGCAGUAUAAGAUGGUGAAAAUGCCUGCAAAUGGAAACCGUCCUUUGAAGUUGCAGUUUGGUCUCAUCAAUCAUGAAGGUCGCUACCUCACUGCAGAAGCCUUUGGUUUCAAGGUAAAUGCAUCAGCUCCCAGCCUAAAGAAAAAGCAGAUAUGGACUUUGGAGCAGGAUUCCCAAGAUACCCAGGUGGUGUACUUACGCAGUCACCUGGGACGCUACCUAGCUUCUGACAUAGAUGGUAAAGUCACCUGUGAGGCAGAUGGCCGCAAUUCAGACUGCCGCUUCCUCAUAGUGGCUCAGUCAGAUGGCCGAUGGGCCCUGCAGUCUGAGCAGUAUCUCCGCUUCUUCGGUGGCUCUCGGGACUACCUGUCCUGUUUCGCUCAGGUAAUCACAGAUGCUGAGCUGUGGGCAAUGCAUCUGGCUCUGCAUCCACAGGCAAACCUGCUGUCUGUAGCUCGUAAGCGUUACUCCCGCCUCUCCAUUGAGGAUGGGGAAAUCGCUGUGGAUUUGAACAUUCCCUGGGGUGUGGCAGCUCUCCUGACCCUUGUCUACUUGGAUGGGAAGUACUGCCUAAAAACCUGUGACAGCCGUUUCCUCAGCAAUGAUGGAAAGCUGUUGACACAGAGUGGGAGGGCCACAACAUACACAUUGGAGCUGAAGUGCGGGAAGCUCGCAUUUAAAGAUUGUGAGGGGAAAUAUUUGUCUCCCAUGGGGCCUACAGGGACCUUGAGGUCUGGAAGGUGCUCUAAGCCAGGCAAAGAUGAACUGUUUGACUUGGAGGAGAGCCACCCACAAGUGGUUCUGAUAGCAGCUAAUGGCCGUUAUGUCUCCAUAAGACAAGGAGUGAGCCUUGCUGCCAAUCAGGAAGAUGAGACAGACAUGGAGACCUUUCAGAUGGAGAUUGACAAGGAAACCAAGAAGUGCACGUUCCGCACCAGCCAAGGGAACUACUGGGCUCUGGUGGCUCAUGGAGACAUCCAGAGUACUGCCAGAGAAGUAUCAGCAAAUGCCAUGUUUUCAGUGGAGUGGCUCGGCCACAAGGUGGCACUAAAAGCUAAUAAUGGCAAAUACAUUUGCACCAAGAAGAAUGGCCAGUUACUUGCAGUCAGUGACUACAUAGGUGAGGAUGAGCAGCUCACUUUAAAACUAAUCAACCGGCCCAUGCUGAUCCUGAGAGGAAAGAAUGGAUUCAUCUGCCACCACAAAAACUCCAACCUGCUGGAUGCCAGCAGAUCAGUCUAUGAUAUUUUCACCCUAGAAUUCAGCAACGGCGCCUAUAACAUUAAAGGUGUUGAUGGCCGGUUCUGGUACGUAAACAGCGCUGGGUUGGUGUGUUCAGAUGGUGAAGCCCCAGAGGAUUUCACUUUGGAGCUCCUGGAGCAUGGCCGCCUUGCCAUUCGUGGCAAAAAUGGCAAAUACCUGCGUGGGGACCAGGGAGGCACUCUCAAAGGAGAUGGACUUAGUCUGAGUAGCUCUGCUUUGUGGGAGUAUUAAAAGUAGCCAACAUUAGUUAAAACCUGAGAGUUCAUUCUUCUAAUGUUUGAGAUGCUUCACAACUUUAACAUUAGUAGUCAAAAGUUAGAUUUCAUGACAUUUAUGUCACUGUUUCUCUCCCAUUUUGCAGCAUAAAAAAAUGCAGUAUAGUCAGCCGAGACAAGUGUUGAUGGAGUGAACAAUAUUUUGAGUUAGAUCUCAAACCACAAGAUAAAAUAGUAUAUAUUCCCUUUCUUUUCUUUUCAACUAAACAUCUGGUGCAAGCGCGACUGGAUGUCUGAUAGUAAAGAA